GGCACAGGAAAUUAAUUUUGUAUAUAAAUUUUAAUAGGAUACAACAAAAUGUUUAAGAAGACUGUCGUCGUUGACUGCAAGGGCCACCUUAUGGGCCGCUUGGCCUCGAUCGUAGCUAAAGAACUUUUGAGUGGCCAGAAGGUCGUAUGCGUUAGAUGCGAAGAAAUCAACGUAAGCGGCUCUCUCUACAGAAACAAACUCAAGUACCAAAGAUUUUUAAGAUUGAGAACAAACACAAACCCACGUCAUGGUCCUUUCCAUCUUCGCAGCCCCUCCAAGAUGUUCGCUAGGGUUGUUAGGGGAAUGAUUCCACACAAGACAAAGAGGGGCGCUGCUGCCUUGGCAAAUUUAAAGACAUUUGAAGGUGUACCAUCUCCAUAUGACAAGGUCAAGAAGCAGGUCGUACCAACUGCCUUGCGCUUCUUGAAGCUCAAGCCAGGCAGGCGCUUCUGCCGUCUCGGUGAUGUUCUCACCAAGGUUGGCUGGAACUACGACGGUUUGGUCAAGAAGCUUGAGGAUCGCAGGAAGGAGCGCUCCCAUGAGCAUUUCAAGGCAAAGUGCGAGUUGAAGGCUAAGGAACUCAAGGCUGCCUCCAAGGCAUUCUCUAGUUUGUCAGCCGAAUCUAAGGCUGUUUUGACACAACUUUCGCUUUAAACUGCGUGGUGCUUUC